AUGUUUGUCAGACGUGGGAGCUCCAAUUACUUUAUAAGAAAUAAGAAACAAAAUACAUUUUCAAUGCAAGGUUUAGGUGUUAUUCAUGGAAUAAAAUUGCAGGGCGAAGAAGAGCCAAACGGGUUAUCGGAAGGUUGAUUCUAAUAGAGCAGAUGGUUGGAACCAAUUGAAAGGAACUGAAAUCAACUUCAACAUCUACUCAAACGGAAGGCAGAAUUUGAAGUUCCAGUUCAUCAAUCGGUAGUCUGGGAAUGGUUUCGAGUCGAAUCGUGUUGCAAACAAAACAGCAAGAGUUGUACAAAUCAUCAAAUGGGUUGCUCAACAAGGGAGAAAUCUGUGAGAAACAAGAGAAGGCUUCGUUCAAAUAACCCUUCUGUGAUCAUUAGAAAUGAAGAAAACUUGACCGAUUGUAGGAGGAAUAAUGGUAUAGCUGCAGAGACUGCCUCAAAACCCAUGAGAAUAUUGGAUGGGGCAUCUGUGGAAGAAAAAACCAAAGACAAGGAAGUUAGUUCUGAGGAAAAUGAAGAAGCGGAUUGGAGGUAUUGCACAGAAGAGCAAUUGGAGGAUCUUCUACUGAAUAGAAUUGAGUUUGUCUACAAUGACGCUGUGUGCAAAAUUGCAUCUGAAGGUUACAGUGGAGAAGAUGCACUUAAGGCAGUGUUGCGAAAUGGCCACUACUAUGGGAGUGGUGAUUUGCUUUUCAACAUUGUGAAAAAUGCCACAUCCUAUCUAGAAAACAACACCCGUAACUGCUCUGAUGAAGCUGAUAUUGUUUUCAGAGAUCUCAAACAGCUCGAAGAAUAUGCAUUGACUGGAAUGGUUUGCAUGCUUAGGCAACUUCGACCACAGCUCAGCAAAGGGGAUGCCAUGUGGUGCCUCCUCAUGAGUGAUCUUCAUGUGGGAAGUGCAAGCACCUUAGAGAUCCCUACGUUGCCACCUACUGAUGAGAGAACUAAGUCAAAUGGAAUUGGACCACCUCCUUUAACAGUAAUUUCUAUGCCUUCUCCAACCAGACCAUCUUGUUCAUCUUCGAAUUUUAUACCCAUAGGUGCAAUUUCAGAGCCAUGUAAAAUGUGUGCAAAGAGAACUUCAGGCUUCAACAUAGCAGAAGCUGAUACGACUGCUGGUGACAAUAUAUCUUUACCGCAGAAUGGCUUUACAUUUGAUGCGGGAACAUCGAAAUUACCGUCCACAAGCAUUGCCCAGUUAACUCCCAAUGCUUGCGGGCAAUCUUCUACGAAAUUGCCCCUGUUAAGGAGAAAUCCAGCCGCAUUAUUGCCUGCUCGGCUUCUCCGAGAUUGGAAGUCCAAAUCAGAUUUAUGUUCACAAUCAGAUGGCAGCAACAAUGAAGGAUUAGUUUCCACGUGUAGGCCAGGGAAAUUACAAACACAAUCAACAAAUUCCUCUGAAAAGAACCAGCUCUCAACACAAGAUAUAAAUGGCGAUGCUGAAAACGCUGCUGAUUCAACCAGUGUUGUUGCCGCAGCGACAGAACUAUCUUUGGGGCUAGCCUCCCCUGUGGAUGCAGGGCAAGAUCAGUACAAGGAAAAGCCUAGGAGUUGCCCUGAUAUAGUAGGAGCCAUUCUGGGAAGUCUAGAGCAGAUGGGCAUUGCUGAGAAAUCUGAUGGUGUAGAUCAACGAAAUGAGAUGAUGCUGAAACUUGUGCAUCAAAUAAGAGAUUUAAAAAUGCAACUAAAAGAACGAACUGAAUGGGCUCAACAGAGAGCUUUGCAAGCAGCUAGAAAAUUGAGCAAAGAUCUGGCAGAGUUGAAAACAUUGAGAAUGGAUAGAGAUGAGAUGUUGCGCUUGAGAAAGGAUAAACAAACAGUUGAGGAGAGUGCAAUAAAAAGACUUUCUGAAAUGGAGAAUGAUUUGCGGAAAGUAAGUGGCAAAGUGGACCAAGCCAAUGCAGCUGCUAGAAGGCUUGAAACUGAGAAUGCAGAGGUGAGGGCAGAGAUGGAAGCAUCCAAAUUGAGUGCAGCAGAAUCUGUUGCAACCUGUCAAGAGGUUGAAAAAAGAGAGAAAAAAGGUCUAAGGAGGGCUCAGACUUGGGAAAAACAGAAGUCCAGGCUCCAGGAUGAAAUUAAUGAGGUGAAACAGAGGACUGCUCAAGUACAACAACAAUUGUCCCUCUUCAGGGAUAUGCAGCAAGAAACAGAGGCAAAAUUGAAGGAAGAGGAGAGAGCCAAAGAAAUAGCAAUCGCACAAGCAGAGGAAGAAAGAGGAGCCAAGGAUGCAGCUGAAGCUUCAUCCAAAAGAAGGGAGGAGGUAUUACAUAGAAAAAUUGAGAUGGACUUUCAACGGCAUAAGGAUGAUAUUGAAAGACUUGAGCAGGAGCUUGCCCGUCUGAAAGCCACAGCAGAAUCUUGUCAGCUAAACACCGUGUCACAUGCUCCACAUGCAGCAGACGAGGAAAGCGUAAAGAGCUUAAAGGAAACAAAUGCCCAUUUGCAUUGUAAACUCCAGGAACUUCAGGAAUCAUCUCGCAGAGAAGGAAAUCGUGAUCGGGAGUGCAUCAUGUGCAUGGAUGAAGAAGUCUCAGUUGUAUUCCUACCAUGCGCACAUCAAGUUCUUUGUGUAAAGUGUAAUGGUUCGCAUGAGCAAAAGGGUCUCAAAGACUGUCCAUCUUGUAGAAUUCCUAUCCAACAGCGCAUACAUGUGUAUGGUGUAAGCUCAUAAGACUAGUUGAAAAUGUAGAUCUCCUAUUUAUGAGCACAAAUUAAUUGCUAGUACAAUUUUGGGACAACCACUGUUGCUGAAAUAUGCAAUAAGAUGUGUCUUCUAUACAUCGUCAAGACUCAAUACCACUAGACUGUGUUUUUAUGCCCAUAUCACAAAAGGCUCAAAAUACGUUGCUCUAUUUGUUGUAUUUUUUUUGGUAUGGAUUGUCACUUGUAGCUUGUGUUGAGUACAUUGAAAACCAAAUAUAAUGGUUUGCAUUUCUUCUCU